UUUCUAUCUCUAUUUCUCCUUUUCUUAUUACCUCAUCGUGAUUUGUGAGUAAGUUCUGAUGACACUUAGGUUAAGGGCUUCACGACUAAGCUUUGACUGGUUUUCCGAUGUAGAAAUACACUUCUAACCUAUAUAGGAAGAUCCUACAUUUGUAUGUGUGAAAUUUAUAUAUUUUUAUACAACAAAUUAUUUGGACAUAAACAAAAACUUGAAAUUUGGGACUGGUUAGCUUCUAGGAGAGAACAAUGCCUCUGAAGAAUAUCUGAAGGCGUUUGUAUUUUUGUCUUGCCCAAAGGAAAAUGAUAUCUAAGUAUAUCAAGUGUCAAGGAAACAAAUAUGAACUACUUAUGUAGUCUCACAAUUACUAUAACACGAGCUGUCCUUGUAUAUUAUUUGAAGAGGAGAUGCUAUAUGUUGAUUAGGACCCUAUUAUAGUGAAAUUCUUGACCUGGGGAAUUUCCCUAAGCAAGACUAGAACUUGUAGAUGGGUGAUUGCGGAGAAGCAUGCUGUUGUGAUUUUUGUUGUUGCUUUUUUUGUUGGUAAUAACUGUGAAUAUAUUACCAUAAACCAUCCAAACUGAUACACCUAAAAGAGCACUUGAAAUUUACAACCACCUUCUAGGAAGGAUGUUGAGUAAUUCCAAGCCUCUGGUUAACAAACUAAUUACAAAACUUCUGGAUCAAUAAGAAGCCUUUGGCUCGUCAUGUACCGCCUAGGGAUUGGCCGCCGAGGGGGUGGGAGGUUGAUAAGAAGGAAUUGGAGUUUAUUAGGGAAGCCCAUAAGUUGCAGGCAGUGAGAGUGGACUAUGAUAAAGUGGAGGAAAUGGUGAAAAUGGAGACUGAUGAUAUGGGGUUGGACCGGUAUAAGAUGUUCCUGAAGCAGUAUAAUGAGUGGGUAGCUGCUAAUAAGGAUAGACUGGAACAAGAAUCUUAUAAGUAUGACCAGGAUUAUUAUCCUGGGAGGAGAAAAAGGGGAAAGGAUUACCAAGAUGGAAUGUAUGAACUCCCAUUUUACUAUCCAGGACAAAUAUGUGCGGGUAAAGUGACAGCUAUACAUAAAGUUGACAUUGGAGGUGUUCAUGAUGGGUGGGUGCGAAAUGACUGGUAUUGGAUCCGCCAUCACAUAAAAGUUGGUAUGCACGUCAUAGUUGAAAUUCUGAAACCCGAGUCAUGGAGAUUGGCUUGCCAAACUAUAGUUGGAAAUAAGGAAAACUCUGGAAAGGUAGUAGUGCAAAGGUUGCCUCAAUGGAAGAAGUGACCGCAGAUGUAUAAAUUGAACAGCUAACGCAGAAACAGAAGAAUAUACAUCUACUACUUUGAACAGGGUAUAAAUCACUUAAAACCAGAAUGCUACAGUAGCUAGAGAAAUAUGUAUUUUAUUCAUUCACUAAGUGACAACAUAGUUUGGUCAAUCACUAGUAAUGUUUAUUUGUUUGGUUUCAAUUAAUUUAUGUGUUGAUGCUGUUUUGGUUUAAGUACUUUGAGAGACAUGUUAUUUAGUUUAUAAGCUUGUUUGGAUGGUUUGAUAGC